AUGUGUCUACGAUUAUUUAUAUAUCUUGCAGAUGUCGCUAAAGGAAGUGGAGAGCGGCUGCUCUCCUUUGCAUGGUUGGCUUACGAUGUGUUAGCUGUCGUAAAGCAACAUAAUAUCAUUUCUGAUGAGAAUUACGAUCCGCCAACCUCUCCCGUAUUGGACAUACUGGGGUCUCGUUUGGAUUCGUUCUAUUUGGAGAAUUUGGAGAAAAUUGAAACUUUGAUGGGCGAGCUAAGCGAGACAAAGACGCAGUUGUAUCGGUAUCUGAGGUAUUAUCCAGGUUUGGAGCGAAUUUUUUAUGUAGUAGUCUCGUGGGCACGGCGUAAUCAGUUGUUGAAUGAGUGUAUACGAGCGGAACAUAUGUGUAUGAUGCUAACUCUGUUUGCUACUGGUCGUAUCCUUGGUUCUACCAGUAUAAUGCCACCUGUAUUGGAUACGUUGUCAGCAGCCACGGUUGAAGAGGACGAUAUCGUCAAGCCUACCACUGAACAAUACAUUAAUAUGCUUGUUCUGUUUUAUGAGUACAUGGCAUCUAGAUAUUUCAAGAAGCUCACGCAAUUGUCAUUUGCUGAGUUGGGUUGCAGCUCUGUAUUCUUGCGAGGGCAGUGGGUGCCAAUACAUGAGGCAGCAGUCGACACUUAUUACAAUUUGGUGCUCAAUUUGGAUCUUGAGGGAUUAUUGGGUCAAGAUGUUCUUUCCACAAAUGGUUCGUGUCGAGAGUGUGAACCAUUUACCAUUGAAUUACCUGGUUUGUUUUGCUUCGAAUCUUAGAA